GUUCAGAAUGGUCCAAGUCCUGUGGCCAAUCGCUGUGGUUUUGGCAGGAACGGCAUGGAGUGCUGGCAUCUAUAUUGCUUACAAAAUAAAGAAAGGAAAAAAGAUCAACCCAAAAGUUCCUCUUGUGUGCAUGGCAUCGGGCAUCAUUGCAGGUGUCCUCGCUAUCCUGGUGUUCACGAUGUAUCGUUCGGGAGUCUAUAGAAAACACAGCGGAUACAGUCUCCACUUCUGUGUGUAUUUCGUCAACAGUUGCUGUUGCCUGUGGA